AUGGAUGGAUUUUUACAAGCUUUGAACGACUCUCACCAUGAAGAAAAACUUGACAAAGAAGAAAUUGUGAGCCAAGAGUGGCUUAUGAAUCAAGCUCAACAACUUGAAGUCUAUGAGGAUCACCGUGAAGGCAUUUCACGGAUGAUGGAAGAAUUUCUAAAAAUUCAUGUUGAGCAAAGUCAAGAAGUAGAGUUACUUGAAAUUGCUAUCCGAGAAUCUGAGCCCAGUUUGAAUGCACAAAUUGAAGCAUGUGAUGCUCAAUAUCAAAGGGUCAUGGAUAGUAGUUUUGAGUUGGUUUUCAAUGAAGAAGAGGUCAAGAUUGAUUUUCAAGAGCUAAUGUCGUUCAAAGAAGCUAAACUUAAAGCUUAUGAUCUUAGUAAUAUUUGGAAUUUUGAGGCUAGUUUUUAUGAUAAGGAUCUAAACCAACUCCUGGUCGUCUCCUAUCAAAGUAUUCUAAAAGUUACCAACGGAUUUUCUGCGAGCAACUUAAUUGGUGUUGGGAGUCAUGGAUAUGUUUAUAAGAUAAUUUUCGAAAUGGAUGGUAAACAUGUUGCUAUAAAAGUAUUGAAUUUUUUACAACAUGGAGCUAUCAAAAGUUUCAUAGCAGAAUGUGUGGCCCUGAGAAAUGUUAGACACCAAAAUUUAGUUAAGCCACUCACUGCAUGUUCUGGUGUUGAUUAUGGUGGCAACGAAUUCAAGCCUUUGGUUUACGAGUUUAUGGCCAACAGAAGUUUGGAGGAUUGGUUGCAUCCAGAUAAUUCAAGAGCAAAUGUUCAGCCAAGAAGGUUGGGGUUCUUUCAACGACUCAAUAUUGCUAUUGAUGUUGCUAGUGCAAUUGAUUAUCUUCAUAAUGAUUGUCAAAUAUCAAUAGUUCAUUGUGAUCUCAAAUCAAACAAUAUUCUCCUCGACAAUGAAUUAGUUGCCCAUGUUGGGGCUUCUAGAUUAUCAAGAUUCCUACAUCUGACUGAUGAAACCACCUGUAGAAUUCAUACAAGUUCUACAACUUUUAAAGGAUCUAUCGGCUUCAUAGCUCCAGAGUAUGGGAUGGGUAGCGAUCCAACAAUGCAUGGUGAUGUGUAUAGUUUUGGUAUUGUCUUACUUGAAAUGUUAACCAGGAAAAGGCCAACAGAUGACAUGUUCGGUGGUGAUUUAAGCCUUCAUGAUUUUGUUAGGAAUCCCAUGGCUGAUGGAUCACUUGAAAUAGUAAAUCCAGUCCUUGAUUUGGAAGAGGAAGAGAUAAAUAGAGAGAGCUCUCGAAUUCUAAGAUUCAUGAGAAGGCAAAAAAUGGUACAGGGUUUAAUCUCCUUGUUUCGAAUUGGAGUUGCUUGCUCGGAAUUGGAGUUGCUUGCUCAAUGUAUGAUUCAGGUAAAAUAAAAAACAUCAGGGAGGCUGUUAGAGAGUUGUGCUCUAUUAGAGAUUCUCUUGUUCGUUGCACAUGAAACACGUUUUUUGUUUAUGUUAUAGAAGGUUCCAAUAAAGCAUUCUUGUGAAUAAUAUGAAUGUAUAGUUUGCUUAUUUAACUGAUAUCUGUUCUCAAUAACAUAUGAA